AUGUGCAGCAUACGCCCGGAGCCUCUUAAGGGGGGCCCUGGCACUCGCGAACUUCCUAAGGGAAACCAUCCUAAGGGAUGUGCAGGACACGCCCGGAGCCUCUUAAGGGGGGCCCUGGCACUCGCCAACUUCCUAAGGGAAACCAUUCUAAGGGAUGUGCAGGACACGCCCGGAGCCUCUUAA